AUGAUAGUAUAAACACAUUUACGGGUGGCGAGCCGUACUCAGUCUAGCCAUGGAUUACAAGCUGAUGGUUAUGUGUGUGUGCGUGGCGAUCGGUGUAUGUGAAGGGGUUGAGCCCGAAUAUAGCGUCCCGGGGGUUGGGAUUGAAGGUAACGAUACCUCUUCAACUACGCCUAAAGGGUUCAAUGCAUUUUUUGACAACCCCAUGGAUUUUUUUCUCUUUAUGGACGAAGUGAAAACUGUGUCUAUGUCCUACAGACUUGUGUGUGAUAGAGUUGCUGAGAAAGUUCAGCUCACUUUUCGUAGCCAGGAUCCCGAUAGGUUCUUCGUCGUCUCUCCGGACAGGGUCCUGAUUUCGUGUGAAAAUGCGACAGAAACUCUCGUCAGUAUGGAGAACACUUCCAUUACAACCACACCAAUAUCUAGCUUGUCUCCGAUGGCUGACCAACUCUACGAAUUAGUCCAAUCAGACAAGAUCAGGCUACACCUGUCCGGAGUCCUGCUUGGACGGAGAAACUUGGUCAUCACUGUCCGUAGGUCAAGUCCGGACAAUGAUUCCAUCAGUGACGACGGAAACACGGAUCAACUAUUAUUCCCAUUCGUCAUCAAUCGAAAAAUGUCAAAGCUUGAUCUGGCAGUACAGGUCAUAGUGUAUUUCUUCUUCAUCUUCAUCACACUGGCGUUUGGCUGUAAACUGGACCUAAAGGUGGUCAAGGAAUCGGUCAAGAAGCCAAUAGCUGUGAGCAUUGGUCUGGGAUGUCAAUACCUAGUGAUGCCGCUUCUGGGAUAUGCCGUCGCUAAACUUGUUGCGUCCGAUCAACCGUCUGUGGCCUUGGGAAUCUUCCUUGCAGGCUGCUGCCCCGGGGGUGGGGCUAGCAACAUAUACUCCCACCUUCUGGAUGGUGAUCUGUCAUUAUCCAUUACUAUGACGCUUAUCAGCACCAUAACCGCCAUAGGUUUUCUUCCACUAUGGAUGUACACGUUAGGUCAAGAAUUCCUCCAAGACGGUAAUAAAAAGCUGGAUGUCCCGUUUUUCAACAUCUUCACUACUCUUCUCCUUCUCAUCAUUCCGCUCCUCGUUGGAAUCGGCGUACAAUACAAACUUCCUAAGGUCAAAAGAUUCAUCCUGAAGAUCGUCACUCCGGUAACCAUCGUGGCCAUUAUUAUUCUUCUGUCAGUUGGGAUAUAUUCAAACUUGUUCAUAUUUAAACUUUUUAAUCCUAAAGUGAUUCUAGCUGGCUGUCUUCUGCCUUAUUUCGGUUAUGUUAUAGGAGGCAUCAUAGCGUUUAUUCUGAGACAACCCUGGGUGAAAAUCAAGACGAUAGCCAUAGAAACAGGUAUGCAAAAUACCAGUUUGGCUUUCAUCAUUUUGCUCUAUGCUUUCCCACCACCGGAUGGACAAUUAGCGGCAGUCGCUCCAGCAGCCUCUGCGGUUAUGACGCCACUUCCACUUUUUGUUAUUACCAUUAUAUUUGUUAUAUACAAAAAAUGCAAUCCGGAAAAAUAUCAGAAAGUUACCCAGAAAGAUGAAGAAGCAAAAGAACCGGAACUGGAAAUCAAUGGCAAUAUCACUCCAGAAUCACUUGAGAAAGCAAGAGAGUCGAACGUUUAGUUGUGUGGUCGUGUAAAAAUCCUCAUUUGUUCCCACGACCAUUGUAUGUUUCUUCAAUUCUAACUUAGUGGAUAAACCUAGUAGGAGUUGCAACAUUUUUGGUUACCCACUUGUCGGUUACAUAGUCUUUUCAUUCUGAGGUUAAAUGCGACAGAAAUACUCAAGCCAAUUAAUACCAAAACGUAGUUGUCUGUGAGAGAAUAAUAUUCAUACGGAGUGGAGACAAAUGUUGACAUAUUUUUACAUUUGCUUUGUAUACUCACUAUAUACAUAUACCACGUUUUGUGUCACGUGAUUAAGUUAUGACACCAUAUCUAUAUAUGUUCGGAAGGGUGAAUUUUAGACAAAGAGUGCAAAAACAUGAUGGAAGCAAUUCGUUCAUUGCGGAGUCUCGAAGUGUGCAAAUGAAGUAAGCGAACUGUUUUUACAAAUAUGGCCGACUUUUUCCUGACACAUGGCCGACUUAUGGCAUGCCAGCUUAACACUUAAUAAUUAUAUCUUACAGAGAUAUCUCUAUUAAUUAUAGAGAAAUCUUAAAAACAAAAUAUAUAAUCUUUAUCAAUUUAGGAGAAAUUUAAAAAACAAAGAGAUAUAACAUAUUUAAUCUUACCUACAUAAGAUAUGUCUAUUACGUGUAAAGAUAUCUUUAAUUCCAAUAAAUAUUGCCCGAAUAAAUUAAAUGAUAGUUUUCUUUCAAAAUCUGUUUAUUCAAUUUUGAGAUACAUGUAGCUUCAUUUCACUUAAAGAGAUCGCUUUUACGUUUAAAUAUAUCUCUACUAGAAUAAGAGAUGCACUGUAGCUUUAGUUCAUUUAAAGAUAUAUCUAAUACUUUGAAGGCCAUUCUUUAGGUAUUAGAUACAUAUUAAGUUGUCUUGCUAUAAUGUCUGUUCAAGUGUCAGGCUGCACAUGUGUAUGAGCUGUUAACACUGUACAGAUGUAUCCAGGCUGUGUUUACACAUGUGUAGAGAUAUACAAAUAUAUGCAUACAUGCUCGAUUUAAGCAUUGGACUGUUUUUGUAUGGUAUUUAAGAUCUAUUUGAAUGACACAGCUUUGGAAGAAAACAAAUCAUAAUGCGUGCCUCCU